AUGGCUCCAGUAUCAGGGUCGCACUAUUCCAAGGACACUCCGGGCUUUCGGAGGCGUCGACGCAGCUCCUCUCAGAGCCCGCCACCACCACUGCCGUCGUCCUCGGUGCCGACCCGAUGCUUCCCUUGGAGUGGCACUUCCUGCCCAUACUCCCGAAGCGGUGAGAACCUCCAGGAGACCCCUGGAGGUGGCGGGAUGAGCGCCCACGCCUCUUCCCGGGUGGGCCGCGCUGGGUGUGGAGAGAGGCCCUUGGGGCUCCGCGACUGUCCCUUCCCCUCUUCCUCCUCCUCGGUCUACUAUGGUGCAUACCGCCGCCACCACUACCAUGCUGGUGACCGGGCCAUCGACUACGAGAAGGAAAAGGAAGAGAGCUACCGACAAAGGAGGCUGAAAGAGAGAGAGAGGAUUGGUGAGUUGGGAGCGCCUGAGGUGUGGGGUUUGUCACCUAAGUUCCCCGAGCCAGAUUCCGAUGAGCACACACCUGUGGAGGAUGAAGCCAAGAAUCCUAAGAGCGUUAGUUCGGAUUCCACGUCCGAAGACAAAAAGAGGAAGAUCAGUCAUUCAAAAAAGAAAAAAUCCUCCAAAAGAAAAGACAGGAAGUAUUCUGAUAACGACAGUGAGUCCGACUCCGAGACCAGCUCAAGUACUGAUCGUGAUAAAAAGAGAGUCAAAAAAGCCAAGAAGAAAGAGAAGAAAAAGAAACAUAAGGCAAAGAAAGCCAAGAAAAAGAAGAAGAGAAGUAAAAAAGAUACCAGCAAUACAAGUUGUAAAACUUUAGAACGGGAACUGUCAGAAGGCAUCUGGAUCGAACAGUCAAAGACUUCAGAUACAGUAAAUUUAAUAGGUCCAGAAGCACCUAUAAUACAUACCUGUCAAGAUGAGAAACCUCUGAAUUAUGGCCAUGCGCUGCUCCCAGGUGAAGGGGCAGCUAUGGCUGAGUAUGUAAAAGCUGGAAAGCGUAUCCCACGAAGAGGUGAAAUUGGGCUGACAAGUGAAGAGAUUGCUGCAUUUGAAUGCUCAGGUUAUGUCAUGAGUGGUAGCAGGCAUCGCAGAAUGGAAGCAGUACGACUUCGUAAAGAGAACCAGAUUUACAGUGCUGAUGAGAAAAGAGCACUUGCAUCCUUUAACCAAGAAGAGAGGAGAAAGAGAGAGAAUAAGAUCCUAGCCAGUUUCCGAGAGAUGGUAUACAGGAAGACAAAAGGGAAAGAUGACAAGUAA